GAAGUAAGCGAGCAGUUACGCUUUACACCAUUUUAGGUAUGAGUCCAACAUGGUGAGAUGUGAACGCUUACGUGUCGCGAAGGUCUUGUGGGCGGCGGCUCCAAGGCGCUGGGCUGAGGCUGAGGGGCGCCGGCGCAGUGCGCACGCUCAGACAGAAUUCACAGAAUACGCGAGCCAUUCGUGAAGAGCGCGCGCGCACUUACGACACACGACACGAACGACUCUCGCGACCAAUUUUUUUUUAUAUUUACAUGGCAAUUGUUUGACUUUGAUAUUUAUUAUGUGAUAAUUUUUUACGUAAGCUCAUUUAAUCCUGUUUAUUUAAGAAUCUCGUAUAUAAUAUUAAUUAGUGAUACAUUUUAAAAUAAAAUUGUGGGACCAAAAUGACAAUAAAAAAUAAAAAGACUAAACAGUCGUCCGAAGUGACUUCGUCCAGUAGUGCUUCGACGAGUGUCCAAAAAACAAGUAAAUCCACGUCGGUGCAACAAAGCAGUAACACCCUGCAAAAGGUCAGCUCUGGAAAGAAGGUGCGCUAUAUCGAUGUUAAGGUCGAGGAAGAUGAUCCCUUGAUGAUAACAGACGUUAGUGACCACACGUCGAUUGCCGGAUCAACUGUUUCUGAACAUUAUAACAGUCACCCGCACUACAUAAUCACAGAGGCUCCCUCAAUGAGUGAUCUUUCUCAAAUGAGGUCACAGGAACUUCAAGUAAGUGACAUGACGCAGUCAACAACCGGAGAGUUCGUCUCUAGCUCUGUUCAAGAAUCGUCAACUUCGCAACAAACCAGUUCUAAAAGCGAAUCGUUCCAGGCUACAUCAUCUUCUGUUCAGCGUUCUGGUUCGAGUCACAGCACACAAAGCCAAUCUUUCGAUAAAUCAGUAGAUUCUUCAACUUCGAAUCAGACACUGAAUACGGCUUUUAUUGACAGCUCAGCUAGAAAUGUAACAGAUUCUAGAAAUACUUUUUCAACAAGAUCUCAAACGGCGAAUGCGUCAAAUAACUUUCUUCAGACUGAAAGACAAAAUUUGGUUAGACAGACAGCAGAGGGAGUGCGAUCGGUUAGUCAAUCUAACGUCGAUGAACAGCAAGGACUUGGACGCGAGAAUGUCACUUAUCGAAAUUCACCGGACCCAUCUCAAAGAAUACAGACGGUUCGUUCUGAUUCUUCUAAUUUUUAUGGCGGUGAAGGAAGCCUUGACAGAAACGUCAAAAGUAAGGAGUAUACAAGUACGUCUAAAACAAGUGAAAGCAAGAGUAGCAAUGUGACAAAAUCUUCUUCUUCCUCUUACGUGGUUGAAAUUGUGGACGGUAAAGAGCGUAUUAUUGACAGUUCGAAGAGAGAAUGGGGUGAUGCUCAAGAGCAUGCUACAAAUGAAUCGUACGCAAGCGUUAGUGGUACAGAUAUCAAACCUCAAUCAGCGUACAGCGUUAAAAACUAUGAUAUGAAAUCCAAAUAUGACACAGGCAAAGAAGGCCAGAAACCAACAAGUGAGCUCACCGUAAAGGAGGACUCAAAAUAUAUUAAAGAUGGAAAGCAUAUUACAACUCAUGCAAGUAUUGUGUCAGAGAAAGAUAACUUACGCCACCAGCAAUCUACUUCAACACAAGACCAACUGACAUCCAGUGAUGACCCUCGUCAUCCAAAACUUACAACAUCAAGCAAUGUUUACACUAAUAGUGAUAAUAUUUAUGAUCAAAAGAAUACCAACAUUAACCAGCAGACUCUUUAUUCAGAUCAAAAUAUGACAACCAACCAGCGAGAAGAUUACACCACUAAUACUACUAAUUACAACACGAAAAAUGUAUACACUGAUCAAAGGAACGUUUACAGCGAUAAAAGUCACACAGAUACUGUUGAAGAUGUAAGAAACAGUAAACAGAUAGUCACUGAUCGUAAGCGAAAUGUUAACCAAACCGAUUCAUCAAACUUCUACGGUUACGAUACUACCAUACAAAAUGAACUAAGGAAAGUCGGUGACAUUUUACAAGUGAAAGAUACAGACAAUAUAAACUUUUCUACCAAAAUACUUAAGAGCAAUACAAGCAGUGCUCAGCAGGCUACAACAUCGUCUUAUGUAGUAGAAGUUGUCGAUGGGAAAGAAAGAAUCGUGGACAGCUCACACAGAGAAUGGGGUGAUAAUAAAGAACAUUCAACAUAUGAAAAGAGUCAUAACGUUAGUGGACCUGGAAUCAAGCCCGAACAUGAAUAUGCUCGUCACGUACUAGAUAAGGAAUCUCAUUAUGAUACUGGAAAAAAUGGGAUACCGACUAGCUCUACAUAUGUUGCCGAAGAAUCAGCUUUAUACAAGAAUGGUAAAGAAAUAGCGUCUACGAAGAAUGUUUAUGGUGGAGAUUUUACUAAGAGAAAAGCAAUAACCGAACACGAUCAAACCGAUGAUAUUCACAAUAAACGAAUUCAAGACACUACUGAUCAAACUUACUCAACUGUAAGUGAAUCCAAAUCCUCUGAUACUGUUAGGGAUUCAAAGGAUGUCACUAAAACUACGGAUUUUAUUACCACUGAAAUACAAAAUCUGUCUAAAGAAUCAACUUCAAAAUCAGAAACUCAGACUAAAGAUACUUUGACAAGCUAUGAAAGAAGUACCGGGACGUGGAAUGGUAAAUUUGUUUAUGAAAAAGAUGAUGAUAGGCCAAAAAGACCCAAGGAAAUGUCACCUUUUGGAAGACCCGAACAACCUAGACACCAUCUGAAACGGCAAGAUACCGAAGAGAAUAUAAUUAUAUCAUCGAGGGACAUAAGAGAUUUUACGUCCAUAAGCGAUUUACGUAAAAUAAUUGAAUCAUCCCAAUCAACUAAAGAUGUGACAGUAAGUAAUAAGAAUAUCGUAAUAAAGAGGAAUAUAGACGAUCGUGUGCUCAAGGAUAUUAUUGACACAGUUAAGAAGUAUCCGUUUAAAAGAAUUGAAAAGGUUUCUUUUGGGACAAAAAUUAACGAAGAUGUCAAAGAUUUAUACGAAGGCAUUGAUACUGAAGAAAGUACGGUAUUGACAACCACAACCGGAGAAACGACUAGAAAGUCUUUUGAAAUCGAAAAGAACAGAAGCCAAGUUGAAGUGACGCGGUAUAUAACUGAAAAUGGUGUCACCAGGAAGAUAACAACGUACGAAGAACCGAAAGUGGAUGAUAAAAUUAAGACGGACGUCUUCGUCGAUAAGAGCAAGUUAGACUUCAAAAACUUGACCGAUGUCCAAACGACGGAAGACGUAAUUCGCGAGUACGACGUGGUAGACCGUGCUAUUACAGAUACUACAAGGGAAGAUUACGUCCGCACUGUUUACGACGAGACCAUCAUAGAUGAUAGGAAAACUGUGCGCGACGACCGAAUCACCACCGAAGAGACCGUUAUCAUCGAUGAAACCCGACCAAGACAUGGUGGCCCCAAGAAGCCUGACGUUAACAAGGAACAGUGCAUCUGCGAAAUGUGCACUUGUGGGCGUCACCGUUGCCCACACAACGAUGUCCCGGAGCCAUUGUUCGAUGUGGAGCACACGACGAGCGUGGUCUCCGCGUACAAAACUGACUAUGACGAAAAGCACGUUAGUCGCACCACUGCUGUUCAUCAUGAAGAUCACUUGCGUCUUGAAGGUGAUUUCCAAGAACCGGAGCGCCCAAAGUGGCAACCGGCUGAGAGGCAAAAACCAAAAAGGCCCGAAGACAAUCUCAAACCAGAAGGCGAAUUCGAAAGAAGAAAGCCCGAGGAGUGGCGUCCAGGCGAUAGAGCUCCCGUACGACGUCCGGAAGAUAAUCUGAAACCGGAAGGUGAAUUCAAUACACCAGAAAAAGAAUCAUGGCGACCAGCAGAAAGACAGAAGCCGAAGAAACCUGAAGAUAAUCUAAAACCUGAAGGAGAUUUUGAAAAACGUGAACCGGAGCAAUGGAGGCCAGGAGACAGAGCGCCAGUCCGCCGUCCUGAAGAUAAUCUUAAGCCUGAAGGAGAUUUUGAAAAAAGAAGACCUGACGAAUGGCGCCCUGGGGAUAGAGCUCCUGUACGCCGCCCUGAUGAUAAUUUGAAAACCGAAGGAGAAUUUUGGGAACCAGAAAAGGAACCAUGGAGACCAGCCGAAAGACAAAAACCUAAGAAACCAGAAGAUAAUCUAAAACCUGAAGGUGAUUUUACUACACCAGAUAAAGAAAAGUGGAAACCGGCGGAAAGACAAAAGCCUAAAAAGCCAGAGGAUAAUUUGAGGCCAGAAGGUGAAUUUGAAAAACGACAAACAGAUGAAUGGCGCCCAGGCGACAGAGCUCCAGUACGCAGACCAGAAGACAAUCUUAAGCCUGAAGGAGACUUUGAAAAAAGAACCCCUGAUGAAUGGCGUCCAGCUGAAAGACCUACGCAAAAAAAACCUAAAGAUAAUCUUAAGCCUGAAGGUGACUUCCAACAACCAGAAUCUGAAGAAUGGAGACCCGCCGAGAGACAAACUCCUAAAAAGCCUCAGGAUAAUCUCAAGCCUGAAGGAGAAUUCGAAACGCCUAAACCAGAAAAGUGGCGUCCAGCAGAGCGUCCAACUCAAAAAAGACCACAGGAUAAUCUUAGACCAGAGGGAGAAUUCGAACAACCCGAACAAGAGGAAUGGAAGCCUGCUGAGCGUCCUAAGCCUAAAAGGCCUCAAGACAACUUACGUCCAGAAGGUGACUUUGAAAAACGCCAACCAGAUGAGUGGCGCCCAGCUGAAAGAUCAGUUCAAAAGAAACCAAAAGAUAAUUUGAAACCAGAAGGCGAUUUUGAGAAACGAGAGCCAGAAGAAUGGCAGCCUGGUGACAGAGCCCCCGUUCGUAAACCUGAAGACAAUCUCAAACCAGAAGGUGAUUUUACGACACCUGAAAAAGAAACAUGGCGACCUGCUGAACGACCGAAGCAAAAAAGACCUGAAGACAAUUUACACCCGGAAGGUGAAUUUACAACCACUAGAGCUAUCACUGAAGAUUACAAGGUAGUCAUUGGUGAAAGAGCAGAAAUUGUUCGCCGCGUAGACAACAUCAUAACCGAGGGAGAAUUCACUGAUACCACAACUAGCCGUACCGAAUACACUGCAAAACCAGUAGAGAGGCCGAAACCAGUCCGUCGUAAUACGUUCACGAAAAUUGAGGGUGAUUUUACGACAGAAACCACAUCGAAAUCGGAAUAUGUCGAUCAUACUGAUGUUGUCGAAAGAACAACGAUUGUUUCUAAGAAAACUGAUAAUUUGAUCCGAGAAGGUGAGAUAGAAUUUGUAACAUCAAAUCAGACAGAUUUCACUGAAAAAAGCACUCCUAUUGAACGACCACACAGGCGUCGUACCUGGACGAAAGAGGAUUUCGAAAAAUUCUACUCAACAGAAGAUGUGCAGACAGUUUCAACUACACAAGAAGAAUAUAGGAUCUACGAAGAAACCGAUGUGCGGCAAACUUAUAAGAAGCCAAUAGAUAAUUUGAAACCGGAAGGUGAGUUUGAAACUCCCAAACAAGACAAAUGGCGCCCAGCAGAGCGACAAACCGCUAAAAAACCUGAAGAUAACUUAAAACCGGAAGGUGAGUUUGAAACUCCAAAACAUGAAGAGUGGCGACCAGCUGAGAGACCUAAACAGAAAAGACCACAAGAUAAUCUCAAGCCAGAAGGUGAAUUUGAGAGAAGACAACCAGAGGAGUGGCACCCAGCUGAAAGGCCAACUCAGAAAAAGCCCAAAGAUAAUCUGAAACCUGAAGGUGAGUUCGAACAGCCGAAACCUGAAGAGUGGAGGCCUGCAGAAAGACAAACCCCUAAAAAGCCUCAAGAUAAUCUCAAGCCUGAAGGUGAAUUUGAAACACCCAAACCAGAAAAAUGGCGUCCUGCUGAACGUCCAACUCAAAAAAGACCACAGGAUAAUCUUAGACCAGAGGGAGAGUUUGAACAACCUGAACAAGAAGAGUGGAGGCCUGCUGAUCGUCCUAAGGCUAAAAAACCUCAAGAUAACCUUCAUCCAGAAGGUGACUUCGAAAAACGCGAACCUGAAGAUUGGCGUCCAGCUGAAAGACCAAUUCAAAAGAAACCGAAGGACAACCUAAAGCCUGAGGGAGAAUUCGAACAACCAAAACAUGAAGAAUGGAGGCCCGCAGAAAGGCAAACUCCUAAAAAGCCACAAGAUAAUCUAAAACCAGAAGGUGAGUUUGAAACACCCAAACCUGAAAAAUGGCGACCAGCUGAACGACCAACCCAAAAGAGGCCCCAAGAUAACCUUCGACCCGAGGGAGAUUUCCAACAACCUGAACAAGAGGAAUGGAGACCAGCUGAGAGACCUAUUGCAAGAAAGCCAAAAGAUAACCUAAAACCAGAAGGUGACUUUGAACACCCAGAACCAGAAGAAUGGCGCCCAGCCGAACGACAAACACCUAAAAAGCCCAAAGAUAACUUGAAGCCCGAAGGAGAAUUUGAAACACCUACACAUGAAAAAUGGCGACCAGCCGAACGUUCAUUGCCGAAAAAACCAGAAGAUAAUUUACGUCCUGAAGGAGAUUUUGAAAUUAGACGACCUGAUGAAUGGCGGCCAGCAGAAAGACCGCAACAAAAAAGACCAAAAGAUAAUCUUAAACCUGAGGGCGAAUUCCAACAGCCUGAACAAGAAGAAUGGAGACCAGCUGAUCGCCCUAAACCUAAAAAGCCACAAGAUAACCUUCAUCCAGAGGGUGACUUCGAAAAACGCGAACCUGAAGAUUGGCGUCCAGCUGAAAGACCAAUUCAAAAGAAACCGCAGGAUAACUUAAAGCCUGAGGGAGAAUUUGAGCAACCAAAACAUGAAGAAUGGAGGCCUGCAGAAAGACAAACGCCUAAAAAGCCACAAGAUAAUCUAAAACCAGAAGGUGAGUUCGAAACGCCCAAGCCAGAAAAAUGGCGACCAGCUGAACGACCAACACAAAAGAGGCCCCAAGAUAACCUCCGACCAGAAGGUGAAUUCCAACAGCCUGAACAAGAGCUGUGGAGACCGGCUGAGAGACCUAUUGCAAGAAAGCCAAAAGAUAACCUAAAACCAGAAGGUGAUUUUGAACACCCUGAACCAGAAGAAUGGCGCCCAGCCGAACGACAAACACCUAAAAAGCCCAAAGAUAACUUGAAGCCCGAAGGAGAAUUUGAGCAACAGAAACCUGAAGAAUGGAGGCCUGCUGAAAGACAAACACCUAAAAAGCCACAAGAUAAUCUCAAGCCUGAAGGGGAAUUUGAAACGCCCAAACCAGAAAAAUGGCGUCCGGCUGAAAGGCCUACACAAAAGAGGCCCCAAGAUAAUCUUCGACCUGAAGGAGAAUUUCAACAACCCGAACAAGAGGAAUGGAGGCCAGCCGAUCGUCCUAAACCCAAAAAACCCCAAGAUAAUCUUCAUCCAGAAGGUGACUUCGAAAGACGCCGUCCAGAUGAGUGGCGUCCAGCUGAAAGACCAAUUCAAAAGAAACCGAAAGACAACCUUAAGCCGGAAGGUGAAUUUGAGCAACAGAAACCUGAAGAAUGGAGGCCUGCUGAAAGACAAACACCUAAAAAGCCACAAGAUAAUCUGAAACCGGAGGGUGAGUUUGAGUCACCUAAACCAGAGAAAUGGCGUCCAGCUGAACGACCUACCCAAAAGAGGCCACAGGAUAAUCUUCGACCCGAAGGCGAAUUCGAACAACCUGAACAAGAGGAAUGGAGACCUGCUGACCGUCCUAAGCCUAAAAAGCCACAAGACAAUCUUCGUCCAGAAGGUGACUUUGAAAAACGCCACCCAGAUGAGUGGCGUCCAGCUGAAAGACCAACUCAAAAGAAACCGAAAGACAAUCUUAAGCCAGAAGGUGAAUUUGAACAACCGAAACCUGAAGAAUGGAGGCCUGCUGAAAGACAAACACCUAAAAAGCCACAAGAUAAUCUGAAACCCGAGGGAGAGUUUGAGACACCUAAACCAGAAAAAUGGCGUCCAGCUGAACGACCUACCCAAAAGAAACCGAAAGACAAUCUUAAGCCAGAAGGUGAAUUUGAACAACCGAAACCUGAAGAAUGGAGGCCUGCUGAAAGACAAACACCUAAAAAGCCACAAGAUAAUCUGAAACCCGAGGGAGAGUUUGAGUCACCUAAACCAGAAAAGUGGCGUCCAGCUGAACGACCUACCCAAAAGAGGCCACAAGAUAAUCUUCGACCCGAAGGUGAAUUCGAACAACCUGAACAAGAGGAAUGGAGACCUGCUGACCGUCCUAAGCCUAAAAGGCCGCAAGACAAUCUUCGUCCAGAAGGUGACUUCGAAAAACCGAAACAUGAAGAAUGGCGGCCUGCUGAAAGACCAACUCAAAAGAAACCGAAAGACAACCUAAAACCGGAGGGCGAGUUUGAGUCACCUAAACCAGAAAAGUGGCGUCCAGCUGAACGACCUACCCAAAAGAGGCCACAAGAUAAUCUUCGACCCGAAGGUGAAUUCGAACAACCUGAACAAGAGGAAUGGAGACCUGCUGACCGUCCUAAGCCUAAAAGGCCGCAAGACAACCUUCGUCCAGAAGGUGACUUCGAAAAACCGAAACAUGAAGAAUGGCGGCCUGCUGAAAGACCAACUCAAAAGAAACCGAAAGACAACCUUAAGCCGGAAGGUGAAUUUGAGCAGCCGAAACCUGAAGAAUGGAGGCCUGCUGAAAGACAAACACCUAAAAAGCCACAAGAUAAUCUGAAACCGGAGGGCGAGUUUGAGUCACCCAAACCAGAAAAGUGGCGUCCAGCUGAACGACCUACCCAAAAGAGGCCACAGGAUAAUCUUCGACCUGAAGGUGAAUUCGAACAACCUGAACAAGAGGAAUGGAGACCUGCUGACCGUCCUAAGCCUAAAAAGCCACAAGACAAUCUUCGUCCAGAAGGUGACUUCGAAAAACCGAAACACGAAGAAUGGCGGCCUGCUGAAAAACCUGUUGUAAAGAAGCCUAAAGAUAACUUGAAACCAGAAGGGGAAUUUGAGAAACCAAAGCAAGACGAAUGGCGCCCUGCUGAGCGUCAAACCCCUAAAAAACCUGAAGAUAAUCUCAGGCCUGAGGGAAAAUUCGAGACUCCUAAACACGAUAAAUGGACACCAGCAGAGAGGCAAACACCUAAGAAACCCCAGGAUAAUCUAAAACCAGAAGGUGAUAUGGAGGUUGUUAGACGAACCGAUUACACGGCAACUCGAGGUGAUCGUGUCGAUAUAGUGAGACACGAAGAUCAUUUGAAAAUGGAAGGAACCUUUGAUAUUCAUCGCUCUAGAGAUGACUACAAACGCAUAGAAAAAACCGAAAAGGUGGUAAUACAAAGACAUGAAGAUAAUUUGCGCACUGAAGGUGAGUUUAUUGAUCUUCAAACUCGCAAUGAUUAUAGUGCAACUAAAGGCGAGAGAGCGCCUGUUGUAAAACCUCAAGAUAACCUGAAACCUGAUGGUAAAUUUUAUAAGCCGGAGGUGGUUCCAUCACAACCGGCUGAAAAACGUAAGCCUUUCAAACAAGUCGAUAACAUUACAAUUGAACGAGAUGUUGACUUACUUCAUAAACAAAAAAUCGAGCGACUCGAUAUUAUUAGAAGAGAAGAUAAUUUGAAAAUAGAAGGAGAAUUUGUAGACAUGAAGCAAAGAAAUGACUACAAUGUUACAACUGGUGAAAGAACAGCUGUUGUUCGUCACGAAGAUAAUUUAAAAAUGGAAGGAAAAACGGAACAUGUUCGUACCUCUGAUACAUAUCGUGUUGUAAAAGGACAAAGAGUGAAAUUAACUCGCAGAGAAGACAACCUUAAAAUUGAAGGAAUAUUUGAAGAUCACACUAGAAGAGAUGAUUAUAAAAUCAUUAAAGGCGAACGGUCAGCUAUUGUGUACCCUACUGACAAUUUAAGGCCUGAAGAUGAACAGAAACCUAAAGAUGGUCCAAGAGUAGAUCAAGAACCCAAAACCACUAAGCCAUCAGAUAAAACAAAACCGACUGAUAAAAUUAGUGAUUCUCGACGCAAACCAGAUGAGACAGAUGGUACAAAAAUAUAUGAUAGUCCUCAUAAACGUAUUGAUGAUAAGCGUAAACCCACGACUGUACAAAAACCCGAAGAACAAUUUUCAGAAUCACUUCCCAGAGAUAAUAGAAAACCGGGUGAAACAGAAAAAUCACAGAGACCUAAAUGGAGUACACCUGAACGUCCCGAUCAGAUUAGACCAAAAGAUAAUCUGCACCCUGAGGGUGAUUUUCAAGAUAGACCUAAAACACAAUGGCAGCCUGGUGAGAUUCCAGAGCAAGUAAGACACAAAGAUAAUUUGAAACCUGAAGGUGAUUUUGACCGUCCGUCGAAACCCCAAUGGCAGCCUGGAAAUCGACCCAGUCCUGUGAAACCUAGAGAUAGCCUUUACCCAGAAGGAGACAUGAGAUCACGCUCUCCGCCAAGAUAUACUCCUGGUGAAACUGCUACUCCGGUUAGGCCAAAGGACAAUUUGAAACCCGAAGGAGAUUUUGAACAUUCAUCUCGGCCAAAAUGGCAACCAGGAGACCGACCGAGUCCCGUUAAACCAAAAGAUAAUCUUUACCCAGAAGGUGAAAUGAGGUCGCGAUCACCAUCACAAUAUAUUUCGAGUGAAACGUCGACACAGAUAAAAACGAAACACAAUUUGAAGACAGAUGGCGACUUUGACAAUUCAUCUAAGCCAAAGUGGCAACCGGGCGAUAGACCAAGCCCAGUUAAGCCUAAAGAUAAUUUGUAUCCAGAAGGAGAUAUAAGAUCUCGUUCUCCGACACGAUACACUCCAGGUGAAACACCGUCUCAGAUUAGACCUAAAGAUAACUUGAGACCUGAAGGCGAUUUUGAUCGUCCGGAUACUCAGAAAUGGGUGCCAUCUGAAAAGUCUGGUCCCUUCAGGCCCAAAGACAAUAUAACCAGGAAUGGAGAAAUCAUUAGAGAAGACAGUUACAAAUCGAGUGAAGGGGUUAAAAAAAUUGUAGGUUCAAAAAUAAUAACAACUCGGGAUGACAAUGUGAAAUCACAGUUCAAUAAUCGUAAAACCACUGCUAUCCAUCAAGAUAAUAAAACGUUUAGCACGCAAUCAGAAACUCACACAAAACAAUCUCAUACUGAACAUUCUUCUAUCAAACAUGUUCACUCUGGGACCCAUAAAUAUAUCAGUACGUCAGAGGAUAUAAACAAUCGCACCACGUCAGAAGAUAUAAACGAUCGCACAAUUUCACAAAAACGACCCGAAUCAACAUCAUCUUCGGAUAUCAUUGAGAGAACUCGAUCACCAAGCGUAAAUGAUCGCAACGUAGUUCGAUCAUCAACGGAUAGAAAAAUUAUAAACAAAACAGACAUCAAAAAUGUUAGUACGUCUGUCAAGAAAACAAUCAAACAAAUAACGGAAAAGAAACUUAGAGGCGGUAAGUGGGUUACUGUUACAAGGAAUGUAGAAGUAGAUCUUGUAACUGAUGGCGAAAAAGGAGGACCAAGGAACGUACAUCCAAUUCAAUCACCCAAAGAUCAGCCGCAUGAUCAACCUUCUAAUUUUAAACAGAACGAUGGACAGACGAUUUCAAAAAUGGUCACGAGUGACCAGAAAACUACAUCAACAAGUCAAGAUAAAUCACAGCGUUACGACUUAGACACUAAUAGACAAGAUGUCACUAGCAUUCGACAUGUCUCCAGCGGUCAGAAAAUUAACCAAGAUACGGAUAGCAAUAUUCGUCAUCUAGCAUCAGAACGCACCGUGACUUCUAGUGACCACGGAAUUACAUCACACCAGCAUACGCAGCAACAUAAAAAUAUUUCAGAAAGUCACACCCAUCAAACUAUAGGCUCCACUACUUUAACAAGUAAAACUGAUCAAAAUACCUCUCAUUACACUCAACAUUCUUCUUCGGACAGCCAUGUGAAUAGACAAUUGCGAGGAGAGUCUACACAGAGAGUACUAAGUUCUGACCAAUCAUCGACGACAAAUCAGCGUCACGUUUCAGAAAAACAUACUCAACAUUCGACUAUCGAUAGCAAUGUCAAUAGGCAAGUGAGAGGAGGAUCUUCACAGAGAAUUGUAUCUUCAGAUCAAGUCGCUUCCACAAACCAACAUCAUACUUCUGAAAACAAAGCACAGCGGAACAUAAAUUCGACAACAUAUAUUACAUCAGGAAGCCGCGUAGAGCAGAACGUCACAUCUGCGCAACAUUUAAACAGUAGAAAUCUUAGUGAUAAUGUUACUAAGACAAGCAUUGAAUUUCAAAGAGCGAUGCACGGUGGUAAUGAUGCGAGCUAUUCAACAACUGACAAUUCUACUCGUAGUGGUCACCAUAAGCGCACCUCCGAUUUAAUCACGGACUCUACUUCGACGAAUUCAAUUCUGCAUCGCAAAGGUGUUUCUUCAGCCACUGAAGCUCAUCAUACCACCAGUACAGCGGCAGCUGCUCAAAGAAAGAGUAUCGGCAAUCUAUCCGAACGUGGAGAAUAUAUAAGCAAUUCAACUCAGAGCACUGACAGAAAAAGCAUCAGUUCCAUGCAUCGUUCCACACGAGACAACAUAGGCGUGAUUUCGCAACACUCGGAAAGUGACUCCCAUCGCCAUCAGAUUAAAAGAGACGGCCAGUCAACUAUGACAGUUGAUCGUCAACCUAAGGCGGUUGUUCGAGACAAUCUUCGCAUCGGCGGAGAGUUUUAUGGUCAGUCAGAAGCGCGUUACGGUAGCUUCUCUCGAUCUGAACAAACACAAAGAACCGAUAGGUCAGAACGCGUCGAGCGAGUAGAAAGAGUCGCUCGUCAUGGCCAUAACACAUCGCAUUUUGUACUGGGUGACGGUAACACAAGUUAUAAGAGAGAAUACACAGCACAUGUGCACGGUGUGUGUCCAGCUACCCUGAUCGAGUCUCCACGCACGCCAUACAAGCAUACACGAGACUCUCGAGAACAUAAGUUCUACGCACAAAGAACGACUAAGACUCCACAGUGAAGUAACGAAAACUAACAGAAAGAGCAUAUUAUUAUCCCCAUUCCUUUUUUGUUUUAAGAUAUCUAAUCUAAGUUUCAAGCAAUGUAUUUGUCAUACAUUUUAUAAUUCAAAAUAAGCUAUCCACACUUUUUUUAUUUCGUUAGUCGCUAAUAUGUUUAACGUGCCUUAUGAUCAAUUACUUGCCUACCAUAUUAAUGUUACGCGCACGGUGUACGAGAAUAAUAUUAUGAUUAACAUUUUUAUAUAGGUACUAUAAUUAUUACCUACCUAUGUAUUUUUAUUUUGUCAAACAUUGCCAUGUAAUAAAUAUUUAUAAUAAA